AUGGUCUCCAAGAUCCUCAUUCUCUUCACCGCCUUGGCCACAGUGCAGGCGGCUGUUCUGCCAUCAUCAGACUCGGCUCCCACCUCCCCGAGUGCGACCCCGAGUCCGUCCGACGAGCCGCCCCGGGAUACCCCUUGUGGACCUAACGGCGAGAAGUACUGUGGCGAUGGCAAGUGCUACGAUCUCAUGAACGAUCCCCUCAACUGUGGCGAGUGCGUUAACGAGUGCUUGCGCGGCCAGGCAUGCGAGAACGGCCAGUGCAUCAAGAAGCAGUGCCAGCCUGGAUGGGAACAGUGCCUUUUUGAAGAGGACUGUGUCGACCUCUCGAGCAAUGCUAACAACUGCGGCUAUUGCAACUUCCGAUGCCCGGAGGGCAUGAUCUGCACGGGUGGUAGCUGUGACUGGCCUUCUGGUCAAAAUGAUACCAGCGUCGUGCCCGAGCCCACGUUCAGUCUCGUACCGGCACCCUCAUUCAGCUACACGAAAUCCCCAGCGCCUCCGGUCUACCCGAGUGCCAACCCCGAGGAGCCCAGUGUCAGCGCCGGCCACGCCUGCAACAACGGUGCGCAGGGCUUCCUCUACUGUGGGGCCACCCACGGACCCGGCUUCGAGUGCUUCAACACCCUCAACGACAACCGGCACUGCGGGUCGUGCGGGAACUGGUGCCGAGUCGGGGAGAACUGCGUCAACGGCGUCUGCAACAAUAUCGGGGGUUGCGGUGCCCAGACGUACUGCCCUGGCGGCCACACUGGCGAGUGCGUCAACCUCGACAACGAUAACAACAACUGCGGUGGGUGCAACAACCAGUGCAAAGUUGGGCAGAACUGCUCGGGUGGCAAGUGUCGUUAG